AUGGUCAUAAAGCCAGCCAAGAUGAGAGCAGCGGCAGCGUCUCAAAAUAUUUUCGAUGCGCCCAUCAGCACCGAUCUGCCUCCAGCUCUCUUCAGCCGGAGGGGCGACCAUCCCGUCCCCAGGCUCGGCAUCCAGCAGUCCUCGCCCCUCUCUACGAACAAGUUCUAUCAGAAUUUCUUCCUUGGCUCUCAGACCGCGAUCACUGUGCUUCACCCCUACUCCGUUGCCUGGGUCAAGGGAGGUGGUGCGACUCAAAGCUGGGGGCUGUCUGUCUCUCACAUCGAGGCCGGCCAGUUCGCCUUCGGUCCCACGCGGGCAAAUGGGGCCAGCCAGUAUUUCAUCAAUCCCAUUGGCAUCCAGUCAUUGAUCUUAUCGGCGGCGGAACUCGGGCCAGGCACGUCCCUCACCACUACUCAGGCCACCGAGUCGUCCGUAUUCGUGCAGCUUCGUUCUAGUGCAGCAGCCGCGCCGACGAUACAAUUCCCGUUGGUGCAGGGCUCAGGGUUCAUAACGGCGCAGUACAAUGGUGGAACACCCGUUAUUCAGUCGGGCAUCUUCUUUGCGAGUGUGACAAAGGUCAACGUGCAGCCCCGGCCCGGGGUCACCAAGUACAAAAUCACACUCAACGAUGGCAAGAACUGGCUUCUCUAUGCCUACAGCACAAGCGGGCUGCCCCUGGACCUGCAGGUCAUCAACAAUGGCCUUGUACGCUCGAGUUCCCCGUUCGUUGGCACGAUCCAGGUUGCGAAGGACCCUGGCAGUGCCGAGGCGCUCUACGAUGCGGCUUCCGGCCAAUACGCAACCAGUGUGACUCUGUCUGGUACAGCCUCAGGCAUGCGCGGGGAAUACUCUUUCAACUUUGUGAAAGAAGGUCUGACCGGCGCGCCGCUCCUUAUGUACGCUCUUCCUCACCACGUGCAGUCGUUCGACGCUACGACAGCUGCGGCGGUACAGUCCAAUGUUCAGCUGCAGUCCACCACCAAGGGCAAGGGCACAGCAGUCGUAGCCGACGCCUGGAAGAUGGUCGAGCUCAGGCUGCCCAUAAGCAUGUCGUUCCUGCCGUGGUCAAACACCGAGGGAACUAAGAACAGAGUCUCUGCUGCUGCGAAGGCGAGAAUACUGCAGGUCGCGCAGUCAGAGCUCAGUCAGGACAUGGACACCCAGUCGAACCUGAACUCAAUGUACUACAGUGGCAAGGCUCUAGCGAAGUUCGCCCAGAUUCUCUCCGUCGUCUACGACUUGCUCGGCGAAUCAGCCCUCGCGGCCGCCGGCCUGGAGAAGUUGAAGGCAGCAAUGGCACGGUUCGCCACAAACCAACAGAUAUACCCACUCGUCUACGAAACUGCCUGGGGCGGCCUGGUCUCCUCGGCCUCAUACGUGACGGGUGACAGCGGCGCAGACUUCGGCAACACGUAUUACAACGACCACCACUUCCACUACGGCUACCACGUACUGGCGGCGGCGAUAAUCGGCCACCUGGAUCCGACGUGGCUGCCCGCCAACAAGGACUGGGUGAACACGCUGGUGCGCGACUACGCGAACCCGUCGUCCCGGGACCCGUACUUCCCGACGAACCGCAUGUUCGACUGGUACCACGGGCACAGCUUCGCGCACGGGCUCUACGAGAGCGCCGACGGGCGCGACCAGGAGUCGAGCUCCGAGGACGUCAUGGCCAGCUACGCGCUCAAGAUGUGGGGGCUCGUCAGCGGCGACGCCAACAUGGCCGCCCGGGGCAACCUGCAGCUGUCGGUGCUGGCGCGGUCCCUGAACUUGUACUACCUCUACACGAGCGACAACGCCGUCCAGCCGGCGAAUUUCAUCGGCAACAAGGUCGCGGGGAUAUUGUUCGAGAACAAGAUCGACCACGUCACCUACUUUGGUGCCAAUAUCGAGUAUAUCCAGGGCAUCCACAUGCUUCCGCUGCUCCCGGCGACGAAGCUCGUGCGCGGCGACAGGUUCGUCAGCGAGGAGUGGGCGCAGUACUUCAGCAACGGCAGGGCCGACGCUGUCGUCGGGGGGUGGCGGGGCGUCCUUUACGGAAAUCUUGCCACCAUUGACCCCGGGACUGCCUGGAACUUCUUCAGCUCGAGCAGCUUUGACCCGAGCUGGCUGGACGGAGGGGCUAGUCUGACUUGGUAUCUGGCCUAUGCUGCUGCCCUGGGAAAUCUCUAG